AUGUUUUCUUUUGUUGGGUUUCAGAGACGUGGAAGCCUACCUAGACGACAACCUUAGUGGCCAAGUAGCAUGCAAAACCCCUCCUCCCACCUCUCUCCCUCUCUCCCUCAGAAAGCAGAGCCCUCCUUUUGCACUCUCAGACCGAACAACAAUUGAAGGAGAAGAAUUGAAGAGGAAGAACAUGGAGUGCGGCGGAGACACGGCGAACAGGAAGAGAGCGGUGGAGAACGACAAGCCGUACAAGGGGAUAAGGAUGAGGAAGUGGGGAAAGUGGGUGGCCGAGAUUCGAGAACCCAACAAGCGCUCCAGAAUUUGGCUCGGCUCCUACUCCACUCCCGUCGCCGCCGCCCGGGCGUACGAUACGGCUGUUUUUUACUUGAGGGGUCCAUCGGCGCGGCUCAAUUUUCCAGAGGCUUUGGCGGUCGAAGGCGGCGGCUGCGGGUGCGGCGACAUGUCGGCGGCCUCAAUACGCAAACGGGCCACCGAGGUCGGUGCCCGGGUCGACGCGGUGGAGACCGCUAUGCGAAACCACCGCGGUUCGGCCGGGGGGAACGGAGACGGGGCUGAGAUUAAGCCUUGCGUCGCCGGAUUCGUGGAUCGGGUCGACUUGAACAAGAUGCCCGACCCAGAGAACUCGGAAGGGGAGGUAUGUGACUGCUGAAGCAAUGAUGAAGCUUUCGUCCUGGUCCUGGAUAUUAGAAUUUCGCCUACUGCAUCUCUUUUUUUUUUUCAACUUUUUUAUUUUUGUUCAGAAAAUUUUUGCUUUGGAUGAAGAAAUUUUGGGCUUUUAUUAAAAGGUGAUAUAAGAUGUAAAUUAUGCUACUAAAUUAGCUUAUUUCCCCCUUUUUCUCUGUA